AUGACUGAUUCUUGGCUAAUUCCAGCUACAUAUAGAGGACGAUACAAUGAAUUUGGAACAAUCGUCGAAACAGUGUCCGAAGAAAUGUUCGGAGCGAUGAGCGAACAAUAUUGCAAUAACAAUAUUGCGAAUAUUGAAGGAACCAUUAAUGCUCCGAAUAAUGCAAGCAACGUUGCGACUGAUGAUGGAACAAUACUCGGAGAGGUGAGCGGUGCAAACAAUAUUGCGAAUAUUGAAGGAACCAUUAAUGCUACGAAUGAUGCAAGCAAUGUAGCAGACUGA